UACAGGCAUGAGCCACCACACCUGGCCUCAUCAGCAUGUUUUAAAAGCUUCCUGGAUAAUUCUGCUGUGCAACCAGAGUUGUGAAUUGCUCUGUUCUAUGCUAAAAGAUGGGCCUCAGUUUCCCCAUAUGUAAAAUAAAGGUAUUGGGCAAUAUGUCCCUUAAUUCCAUUUCCAGUACUCAGUGGUUCUGAGGAUUUGUGGCUUGACUUUCUUAUAGCUUUGUAUAUGCGCAUGCACACACACACACACCCCUAGGUGUGUCAGAGUCAGGACUGAGGAUAUGAGGACCUUUGUCUAGGAUGGGCCCCAGCCACUGGCUGCCAACCUCUGCAGGCACAACCCCUGUGGAUGUAGCCUCUCAGAAGAGUCAGCUACUUCUGUUUCUGCCCUAAUGGGCAUGAUUGGAAAUUUUCCCCAAGCAACUGGAAAAUAAUCCUAAAAUAACUAAAGUGGAAAAGCAGAUAGCUCUGAAUUGUCCAGGCCAAAAAUGAAUGGUAAAAACAAAACCACUUAAUGGUGCACUUAGCUUUGGAUUUUUAUGUAUUUAUUUGGAGAGGAAGAGGGGAGUGCGGUGGCUGCAUAAUUCUCUCCCUAAGCAUAUUCUGUCCCAGCUGUUAGUGAAAUAAGUUGGUCUUUCCAAAACUCACGCUGGCUGAAGGUAGACAGGAAGAGGGUCUGAAGACUGGUGAGACCAUUUCCUGGAUUGCGUCAAUUUACCAUGAAACUCACCCUCUUGCAAGCCUCUUGGGGGCUGGGAAAGACCCCCAGGGCACUGAUGCUAGAGGAGUAUCUUCUGGAAGCGAGGAGUCCUGGAACUGCUCUGCCUACCUCCCUCACUAUAGACUGGAAACAGUCAGCUCAGAAAGGGGAAGUGGCUUGCCCAGGGACACAGAGCAAACCAGUGUCAGAACUAGGAAGGACACAAGUGUCUGACCCACAGCCCAGUGCUCUUACCACUGCCCACUGUUGUUUUGACAGGGGGAGUUCCAUGGGGGAAUACUAAGUCUUCAAAGAAAAUUGGACUCUCAUAAUGGCAUGAGCCCAGCGGUUUGUACAACUGAUGGAAGAGGAUAUUAUAUUUCUGCUGAGAGUAACUAAUGCAGUACAGUGAGGGAAGAAAAAUGGAGGAAGCACACACACACACACACACACACACACAGCUGACUCAGCAAGGCACAGACCAGGCUUGUUCCCAGGGAGGAGAGAGGUAGAGUAAGGACACUGGGCCUAGGAAGCUUUGUUGGUGGCUAAUCAGAGAAGGCUUUCAGGAGCAGUGGCAGAUGGAGGGUCCUACCGUGAGCAUCAGUGUGAACUGCUCCAUUGUAGGAACCCCACACAGCCCCCGCCAUGAGUGUCCUGGAAGUGGACAAAGGUAGCCCCAGCCCCGGCACUUGCCUGCCCGUGUUUCCUCACUGCUCUCCACCUGGCUCAUCCUCUCAUCGAGGCCGAGCCCUGAAGUCAAGCUGCUCAUCAGGAUGCCUUUCCUUGUCUCAGGGUGCCCCAUGUCCUGCCCUGUUGCCCUUCUGAUUCAUGGAGACAUCUAUGAACACUGACAUCAGGAAUGCUAGGGGCUUUGAGACAGUCAUCCUCAGGGCCAGGAGGCAGGUAGAGGGGGUCUGAGGAAGGAAGUGUUAUCAGAAAGAGGUCCCAAGCCAGACCCUAAGAAAGGGUUCUUGGACCUCAGGCGAGAAUCAGGGGCAAGUCCACAGAGUAAAGUGAAGGCAAGUGUAUUAGGAAAAGUCAGUGGAUAAAGAACAGCUACUCCAUAGGCAGAGCAGCGGGGUGGGUUGCUCCAGUGAAUAUACUUACAGUUAUUUCUUGAUCAUAUACUAAACAAGGGGUGGCUUAUUCAUGAGUUUUCUGGGGAAAAGGUAGGCAAUUUCUAGAACUAAGGGUCCCCCACUUUUGAGACUAUAUAGGGUAACUUCUGGAUGUGCCAUGGCAUUUGUAAACUGUCAUGGCGCUGGUGGCAGUAUCUUUUAGUAUGCUACCACAUUAUAAUUAUCACAUAAUGAGCAGUGAGGAUGACCAGAAGUCACUUGCAUUGCCAUGGGUGGGUUUGGGCCGGCUUCUUUACCACACCCUGUUUUAUCAGCGGGGUCUUUGUGACCUGUAUCUUGUACUGACCUGUCUCAUCCUGUGACUGAGAAUGCCUAACCUCCUGGGAAUGCAGGCCAGCAGGUCUCAGCUGCCCCAGCCGCUUUUCAAGAUGCAGCUGCUCUUGAGCUAUAAGGAAGUUGCUCUUGAGCUAUAAGGAAGUUGCUCUGGAGCUGUAAGGAAGUCAGGACGGGCCGCCUCUGACGGAAGUACCUCAUACUGACUUCAUGCUAUAUAGCAGGCACUCUUUUGAUACCACCUGGGUAGCCUUUUCAAUGAUCCUUUGAGGCACGGGGGUGGUGGUGAGUGCUUUCAACUUCAAGUAACAGCAAGCCUGGUAUGGUAGCCUCAGCCAUAAGGAUGCUAUUGUUUAUCUAGUGAGAAGUCUCGAGGUUGGGCUCCAGGGCUAGUUUAGCAGCUCUUUGAUGCCUUCGGUUCCCACACUACUCCGCCUGGCUCCUCUCUAUUCUUCUAUUCCUCCAUCUUCAAGGUGUUGGCUUUUGGUCCUCAGUUUCUCACCUCAUGGUUGCAAAAUGGCAGCUGCAGCUCCAGACACCUCACCCAUUCAAAGGCAGGAGGUCACAGGCAAAUGGCUUUCUCCUCCUAGGCUCUGCAUUAUUGUUAGGGAACACAUGUUGUUCUAAAUGCUUCAUUGGCCAUCCCGAUGUGAUGAAAGCCAGGAAAAGGGGUGAAUGGCCAAGGAGAGCAGUAUGGUCAUGAUCGGCUCUGACCAAAUAUAAUACCUCUCCUGAGUCAGGACACAUUGCCACCAGGGCCAGAAUCAGGGUCUGUUAGCAAGGAAAGGGAGAGAGGACUGGUUCUUGGGGAGCUAACUCAGUAACUGUCACAGGCAGGAACGAUUAUGAUCCCAUUUCACAGAAAAAGAAGCUGCCCAGAGAGCUCACACAGCUUCAAGUGGCUGACUAAGGACUGAAGUUCAGUUGGGAAGUUCAGCUCCAGAGCAUAUGGGUGGAAGGGUCCAAGAAACAGUCCAAGGCCCAACACUCUAGACCUGCCACUUGAAUACCUAUCCCCUUUCCUGUCUCCUUACCAACCUGCACCUCACACUAUUUUCGCAUCUGCACAGAGGGUGUGAUAUUCUGAGCCUCAGGGAAGGAGCUGUUGCAGGUAUCUAAAUCCCUAGCCUGGUGCCUGGCACGGAGUACAUGCUUAUUUAACACCAGUGGGUUGGUUGGGCUAGAGGUUACAUAUUGUAGUGGUCACAACAUGGCCUGAAGUCACAUGGUUUGCAUUCUUUUUCUGGCUCUGACUUUAACAAGUGAUGUGACCUCAGGAGGUCAUUUUACUUCUCUGAGUCUUAGUUUCUUUGGCUGUAGAGUGAGGGUCUGGACCACAUCACUGGCUUUGAAACUUUCCCACUGAGCUAUGUGUAUUCAUCAGCAGUACCUCAUGGAAGAGAGUAGGGGAUACCCAAAGGUGGAGGCCCCAUGUCCAUAUACCCCAUAGCUAUAUCAUUACCUACUUUACGUAACAAACCAACCCAACAUCAGUGGUUUACCACAGUCACUAUUUUAUUUGCUCACGAUUCUGUGGGUCAGCAAUUUGGGCUGGGUUCAGCUGAGUGGUUCUUCUGCUGGUCUUUUCUGGGGUCAGUCAUGUGGCUGCAAUCAUCUGGCAGCUUGACUAAAGGUGGAUGGUCUGUGAUAGCCUCACUCGUGUCUUGUGGUAGGUGCUGGCUGUUGGCUGGGCCACACAACUCCAGCAGGCUAGCUCAGGCUUCUUUACGUGACAGCACAGUCCAAAGGGUGACAUGGAAGCUGCAUGCCUCUUGAAGCCCAAGCUCAGAACUUCACAGUGUCUCUUCUGCUGCAUUUUUUUUUUUUUUUUUGGUCAGUGCCACUCCCAAGGUCACCCUGUUUUCACCAGGAGGUGAAAAUAGACUCCAUCUCUCGAUAGGGGGAGCAACAAAGACUUUGUGGCUCUUUUUAAUCUACUAUGGAGGUGAAGGCUCUUUGAGUCCUUUUUCCUAUCUCUUUGGUCCAGCUGCAAGCAUAAUAAUAAUCCUAUUAGUAGUUGUCAUUUAUUUGUCUAAUGAUAUUAUGCACUUAACAUCAUAGCAUGUGAUCGGGAUCAGUAAAUGAGAGCAAUCUCUAAUAAUAAUAUAAAUAAUCAUUAGGAUUAUAAGUUAUUAAGUACAUUCUCUGUGCCAGGCAUUUUAUAUAUAUGAUCAGCGAUUCUCACAGUGACCCUGAAUGAUAGAUAUUAUUGUCCUCAUGUUCAGAUGAGGAAAUUGAGACCCCAAGAACUAAAAGUAACUUGCCCACAGCUGGUGAGGGACAGAGGUAGUAUUUGUGUUUCACUGUGUCUCUAAACAGCUGGCUGCAGGGGGCAGAAAGGGGGAAGUAAGGUGGGCUUUGAGACUUUUCUUAUGAAACCCCCAAAGGUGUUGGAGAAAGGGCUCUGGGUGGUCCUCCAGCUCUCCACCCUGCCGUGUACUCACCUGCAACAGCCGUCAUGGACAACAUCCCCUUGGAGUUUGACCUAAGGACACCUGAUCAGGGAGUGGGCAGGUGGGUAACGUGGAUAUAAACAGCUCAUGAAGAUAGUCUGCUGCGUGAUACUGUCUUGGGCUAAACUCUGCCAGGUUUAAGCUGAGAUAAUUCAUAAUCUAAAGUGUUCUUCAGGCGUCACUGUGGCACAGUGAUGCUGUUAUUGAGGUGCUGUCUGUGAAUACCAUCUAGAACGGUCUCCAUGACUAACUCAGCAGCUAAACUUCCCCAGAGGGGAACAGAACAGACCCUCUUAUUCCAGUUGGCCAAGGUAGACCACUGACCCAGGCUCUGCCCAUAGCAGGUACCUGUCAGUGUCAUCCUCAUCCAUGGUCACCUGGGCAGGAAGCAUCAGAGGACUCCUGGAGCCAGGCCAAACUCAGAGUCCCUCCCUGCCCUACUGUCCGUUGUGAACUCAGAGCCUCCAGCCUGCUUUUCAGUCAGAAGGCAAGAGCCACAUGAAAGCCCUGUGGCCAUGCUGAAAGUAUGUUUCUGGUCCGCCGGGACAGCAGCUCAAAACACCUGGUACUCUGUGUCCACUUUCCUUCCCUGAACGAGAGCUUGGCCGAGGUGCUCGAAUACACCAUUAAGGAAGAAAAGUCGAUAUCGUACCUGGAAGGCUCCGUUCUUGUGUUUGAGGACAUCUUCAGACUGAUUGCGUUCUACUGUGUCAGUAGAGACUUACUGCCCUUCACGCUGCGGCUGCCCCAGGCCAUCCUUGAGGCCAGCAGCUACACGGACCUUGAGACCAUCGCCAACCUGGGUCUGGGCUUCUGGGACUCCUCGCUGAAUCCUCCACGAGAAAGAGAGAAGCCAGGAGAGCCCCCAAAAGACCGCACCCCCGGAUCGCCCCCAGUCUCCAGCCUCAGGCCCACAGCCCGUGACGCAAACUGUGCCUGUGAAAUCGAGCUGGCGAUAGGAAAUGACCGCUUGUGGUUUGUGAAUCCCAUUUUCAUCGAGGACUACAGCGGUGCCCUGCCCACUGACCAGCCACCUCUUGGAAACUGCCCCGCACACCCCUUGCCACCCACCUCUGAUGCUACCUCGCCCACCUCCAGGUGGGCCCCACGCCGCCCGCCGCCCCCUCCCCCAGUGCUGCCCCUGCAGCCCUCCAGCCCAGCCCAGCCCCCUCUGCUUCCUGCUCCUGCCCCCACCCCUGCCUGUCCUUUGCCCAGCUCUUCCCCCGUGCCUGCCCCCCACGUCACACCCCAUGCCCCAGGUCCCCCAGAUCAUCCAAGCCAGCCGCCCAUGACAGCCUGCGAGAGACUCCCACGCCCCACCGCAGGCCUGGGCCGCCUCAGGGAGGAAGCCAUGAAGCCAGGGACAGCCUCCAGCCCCUUGCAGCAAGCCCCUGCCCCACCACUGCCAGCAAAGAAGAACCUUCCCACUGCCCCUCCCAGACGACGCAUUUCUGAGAGGGUGUCCUCAGAAGACCAAAGUGCAGGGAUGGCGGCAGAGGGGGACCAGCUCAGCCUGCCUCCCCAAGGGACCUCAGACAGCCCUGAGGACACGCUCCAGGGGAGCACAGAGCAAGGCCAGGAAACAGAGGUGAAAGCCAGCGAUCCUGACAGCAUGCCGGAGCUACCCAGGAAGGCCAAACAACCCCCAGUCCCACCGCCCAGGAAAAAAAGGAUCUCUCGACAACUGGCCUCAGCCCUCCCUGCUCCCUUAGAGAGCGCCGAGCUCUGCACACAGGAGAUGGCUUUGGAGACACCCAUGCCGGGUACACCCAGAGAUGGCCAAAGCCCUGCACCCCAGGCUGGGACUCAGCACCCCCAUGUCCCGGCUGCCGCCCAUGCCCAGAGCUCUCCAGAGUUCAAGGGCUCCCUGGCCUCCCUCUCGGACAGCUUGGGGUUGCCUGCCACGGCCGCUGACCAGGACUCCUACUCGACCAGCAGCACGGAGGAGGAGCUGGAGCAGUUCAGCAGCCCCAGCGUGAAGAAGAAGCCCUCCAUGAUCCUGGGAAAGGCGCGGCACCGGCUGAGCUUCGCCAGUUUCAGCAGCAUGUUCCACGCUUUCCUCUCCAAUAACCGCAAGCUGUACAAAAAGGUGGUAGAGCUGGCGCAGGACAAGGCCUCGUACUUUGGCAGCCUGGUGCAGGACUACAAGGUGUACAGCCUGGAGAUGAUGGCGCGCCAGGCCUCCAGCACGGAGAUGCUGCAGGAGAUCCGCACCAUGAUGACCCAGCUCAAGAGCUACCUGCUGCAGAGCACCGAGCUCAAGGUCCUGGUGGACCCUGCCCUGCACUCUGAGGAGGAGCUCGAAGCAACUGUAGAGUCUGCCUUGUACAAAUGUGUCCUGAAGCCCCUGAAGGAAGCCAUCAACUCAUGCCUGCAUGAGAUCCACAGCAAGGACGGUUCACUGCAGCAGCUCAAGGAGAACCAGCUAGUGAUCCUGGCCACCACCACCACUGACCUAGGUGUGACCACCAGCGUGCCGGAGGUGCCCGUCAUGGAGAAGAUCCUGCAGAAGUUCGCCAGCAUGCACAAGGCCUACUCGCCCGAGAAGAAGAUCUCCAUCCUGCUUAAGACCUGCAAACUCAUCUACGACUCCAUGGCCCUCGGCAACCCAGGGAAGCCCUAUGGGGCGGAUGACUUCCUGCCUGUGCUCAUGUAUGUGCUGGCCCGCAGCAACCUCACGGAGAUGCUUCUCAAUGUGGAGUACAUGAUGGAACUCAUGGACCCCGCCCUGCAGCUGGGGGAGGGUUCCUACUACCUGACCACCACCUACGGGGCCCUGGAGCACAUCAAGAACUACGACAAGAUCACGGUGACCCGGCAGCUGAGCAUGGAGGUGCAGGACUCCAUCCACCGCUGGGAGCGCCGGCGCACGCUCAACAAGGCCCGGGCCUCCCGCUCCUCCGUGCAGGACUUCAUCUGCGUGUCGUACCUGGAGCCUGAGCAGCAGGCGCGAACGCUGGCGUCGCGGGCGGACACCCCGGCCCAGGCGCUGUGCGUGCAGUGCGCGGAGAAGUUCGCGGUGGCGCGGCCGCAGGCGCACCGGCUGUUCGUGCUGGUGGACGGGCGCUGCUUCCAGCUGGCGGACGACGCGCUGCCGCACCGCAUCAAGGGCUACCUGCUGCGCUGCGAGCCCAAGCGCGACUUCCACUUCGUCUACCGCCCCCUGGACGGCGGCGGCGGCGGCGGCGGCGGUGGCGGUGGCGGGAGCCCGCCCUGCCUGGUGGUGCGGGAGCCCAACUUCCUGUGAGGGCGACGCAGGCGGGGCCGGGGGCUCGGGGCGCUCCCCCGUCACCCCCAGGCGCACCUCUGGCCGCACACCCCCGACAGCGACGCCCACGCAACACAGGGACACGGGGCUUUCCACGACGUGCCCAGGCCAACGUCGUAGGACAGUUGUGAAAAUGUCAGGACGCACGGCCAAGGCCAUCCCUGAGGGCAGGUCACAGCACUGAGACACUGAGAGGCCGUGUUCUUCAUUAGACGGAAAGGGAAACCGAGGCUCAGAGAAGAGAGAGGCGCCCCGGGCCGCGGCCGCCAACAAACCCGCCCUCUUCACACGCAGCCCCUCCGGCCAUUUCCCCUGAGUCCCCCCACGCCCACGCCAUCCUCGGUCUUUGCAAGGAAGGGCCCGAGCUUAGUUUCCCAGGACUGGCCGAGGAAGCGGCGCCGGCCACAGCUGCUCCACGUGCCCUCAGGGUGGACCCAGCAUCUCAGGAGUACCGUAGGAUGCGUGUUGAGACCCUCACCCCUGCCCCAGAGCCUGCCCUUAGCUCCCAGCGCCCCGAGACCUGGUCGUUCUGCGCCCCGUCGGAAGUCGCCAGACACAUGCCGGAGCGCCAAGCAAGACCAGCUCCAGGGACCCACGGACAAGCCCAGCCCCGCCUCAGGGAAAACUGACAGGGCCUUUCCCUGCAGCACGCCCCGGAGCCGUGGCCGAUUGCAGGAGCCAUCGUGUGGGGAGAAUUUAAUAAAAGCCCUUUUGAAAAUG